GUAAUGGCUGGAUUUGAAAUUCAAAGAGUCGAGUCCAAAUUCUUCGACUUGGACGACAUAAUCGCCAAGUCAGACUCCACGUCUUGCACAUUUGAGAUUGGAGAUUUGAAUCCAGAUUUCUUCCAGGAAAUGCUGGGAGUUUCGAAGCCAACUCAAAAUGCAGACGGAUACGGCGUUGAUGCUCCAUACUGGCUGCUGGAAUCCGUUAGAAGUUCAUUUUCCAUUCAACUGCCAAAAGCUUAUAGUGUGAACAUGCAAAAUGUGCUGAACGCUGACAGCAAGAAAUUGAAUCUCUCCGGCUUGCAGCAACACUUUUACGGCAACGGGAUGCAGUUAUGCCGUCUGAUGAAGGGCGAAAAUCCGGACGGCGCGCUGAGCCUCGCACGAUGCCUUGUCUCCACACUUACACAGCGAUUAGGAGAAAUUGUGUCAACUGCAACCCAUCUGCAAAGCAAAGGCGAGAAAUUUGACAGCCUCGAGACAAAAGUGUUCCUGGAGGGUAAACGGUGCAAAGAAGACAUUGAUACUUGGCUGAGACAAGACAAUAAGUGCUCGAGCAAGAAGCGUAAGAGACUUUCGUUAUAAACUUCAAAUUUCUUAUGCUUGAAUCUAAUUUUAUUUUUUUUAAUUCGUCUGUAAAUAUAAUUCAAACCCACCAUUCUGUAAUAAUAUUUUAUUUUCUAUUUUUUCACACUCAUUUUUGUGUUUUAUUGGUGUAAUAAACCUGGUUUCAUG